UUUUGGAGACCCCUGUUGCUGGUUAGAAUUUUGGAAUCAAUUUCAAAAUUCUAUUGAUAAUAACAAAUCUCUGUCAAAAAUAGAUAAAUUCUCAUAUUUAAAGUCACUAUUAGGGGGUGCGGCCGCGAUUGCGGUUAAUGGCUUUGCGCUCUCAGACGAGAAUUAUGAUCAGGCUUUAAAAUUGUUGAAACAAAGAUUUGGCAGAGAAGAACUGGUUAUUAACGCACACAUGUCAAAAUUACUAAAUCUUGUACCAGUAACUGAUUCAAAUAAUAUUUAUGGUCUUAGGAAGUUGUAUGAUACCGUAGAGAUAAACUUAAGAAGUUUAGAAUCAUUAAAAGUUACUUCAGAGAUGUAUGGGCAUUUACUCUAUCCCAUUUUAAUUAAAUUGAUUCCCGAAGAUCUUGUCCUUGAAUUUAAUAGAAAAAAAGUUGAUAAUUCGGUGAAGUUCGAAUUUAAUGUAACUGAAUUAUUAAAUUUUUUAAGAAUUGAAAUUGAAUGUAGAGAAUCCUCUGCGUUUAUGCAUACCUCAAAAAGCGAUAAACGCAAAGAAAAUUCGCUCCCGAAAGCGAAACAGAAUCCUUUCAACAACUUCAGUCGAAACACAGCUAGCUCGCAUGAUAUAUUGCGAAGUCCAAGGUCAAGCGCAAAACCGAAAGAUCUUCAAUGUUUUUCCGCGUCAGCAUUAAACGAAAAUUGUUUAUAUUGUAAAGGCGAGCAUCGAUCGGAGUUAUGUUCUCAAACCGACUUAGAAACGAAACUCGGUGUUUUAAAACAAGAUGGCAGAUGUUUUUUAUGCUUGAAGCCAAAACAUCGAGUUAAUGAAUGCCGCCAGAGAAGAUAUUUGACAUGUGAAAUAUGUGGAAAGAAGCAUAAUAAAUCUAUUUGCUCUCAAGCAGACUCUAAUACACCCGAUUUGAAUAAAGAUAAUAAGAACGUAAUUACCGCAAUUUCACAUUACGAUAAAAACAAAACAAACUUUUCUCGCGGUAAUAUAUUUCUUCAAACAUGUGCAGCCCUAGUACGCAAUGAUGAAACAAACGAAUUUGAAACAGUACGACUAAUGUUAGAUAAUGGAAGUAUGAGAACAUUUAUAACACGUGAAGUUUCAGAAAAAUUAAAGUUAAAAGUAAUAAGAAAAGAAUCUUUAUCGGUAUACUCUUUUGGCGCUAAACAAGCAAAGGAACAUUCUUACAAUAUAGUGAGAGUAGAAUUAAAAAACCGUGAGGAUCCCUCUUUACGUAUUGAAGUAGAAGCUUUGGUUACAGAAAACAUUUCAGCCACUACUCUUCCUGUACCUAACAACAAUAUUACUAAAACGUACUAUAAAUUAAAGCAUUUACAGCUAGCUGAUAAUAUUGAUAAUAGAGGCAAGAAUAUCUCAAUAUUAAUUGGUGUAGAUUAUUAUUAUGAAAUCGUUUCAGGCAGAAUAAAAAGAUUAAACAACAAACUGGUAGCGACUGAAACAAUUUUUGGAUGGUGCUUGCAAGGUCACGUAGGUUUAUCAAAUGAUUUAAUGACCAUGAAGAUUGUAGUAGAUGAAAAGGAUAUUUCGGACCAACUUAAACAAUUUUGGGAUCUUGAGAAUUUAGGGGUAGAAGGGGUUGAAGAGGAUGAUUUCGAAAAACAUACUGUAGAUAAAGAAAUUAUGAAACAAUUUGAAGAAAAUAUUGUUUAUCAAAAUAAAAGAUAUACUGUAAAGUUUCCUUGGAAAACAAAUAUGAAAGAAUAUUUAGCUAAUAACUUUGAAGUGGCUAAAAGGAGGUUUUCGCAUUUAAAAUCAAAAUUUAUUAAAGAUAAAUCGUUAUAUUUAGAUUAUAAAGCUGUUAUUGAAGAUCAUUUAAAAGAAGGUAUCAUUAAGAAAGUUAUAACAUGUGAAGAAGAAAAACCUUCAUUUUAUUUGCCUCACAGGGCGGUAAUAAGGGAAGAUAAAACUACCACUCGUUUGAGAGUGGUAUUUGACGCGAGUUCUCAUGCGAAAGGACAGUUGUCGUUAAAUGAUUGUUUACAUACUGGUAUCAAUCUCAUUCCAGAUCUUUUUGAGAUUUUAAUAGGUUUUAGAGAACAGGCUGUUGCCAUAACUGCCGACAUAAAGAAGGCCUUUCUGCAAAUACAGAUUGCCGAAGAAGAUCAGAAUUAUACUAGUUUUUUCUGGACGGAAGAUCCGGAAAAGGAAGAAGAGGAAAUUUUCAAGAUGACUCGAGUUCUUUUCGGUGUCAAAUCAAGCCCCUUCCUCCUUGCAGCUACAAUCCAAUACCAUCUAAAGAGAUGGUCUCUCAUCCAGUCUCUUAGAUCCAAAUUUUGGAAAAGAUGGAGUCAAGAAUAUCUCAACUCCUUGCAGUCUCGAGCUAAAUGGAAACUACCUGAACUGAACAUCAAACCCGGACAGCUGGUACUCCUGAAGGAUAAUAGCAAGAGCCCCAUGGAAUGGAACUUGGCCCGAAUUGAAAGGACAUAUCCUGGAACAGAUGGACUAGUCCGUGUCGCAGACAUCAGAACCCCUAAAGGAAUUUUUCGGCGAAGUAUCAACAGACUCUGCCCACUCCCUUUCGAAGAAGGUGUUGGACAACUGUCCAACGGGGGCCGGGAUGUUCCGCCUUAGAGACGCCUUUCCCCUAUUCCAGCUGUAGUCAUCAGGAAACCGGCGCAUGCGCAGUUUCUGUUGAACUUUGA